CGGGCCCGGCGCUCCCUGAGGCGGCGGCGGCGGCUCCGGCGGCUCCUUUGUUCCCCCUGCCGGCACCGGGCUCGGGAUCGCGUUUGGAUCGGGCCGGGAUGAGCCUCGGGAAGGGCUCCGGGAAAGGCUCCGGCUCCGCCUGACGUUAGGAGCUCGUCCCUGUGAGGCAUUGAGGACUGCCAUGCCCUUAGGUGCCGUUCCCAGCCCCUGAUGUGAGAUGGCCACCCCGGAGCCCCCCCUGGGCGGGACCCCCCGGCCCGGCCCCUCCCCCGGGCCUGGCCCCUCCCCCAGCUCCAUGCUGGGCCCCUCCCCCGGCCCCUCCCCUGGCUCCGCCCACUCCGGGCACUCCGGGCACGCGCUGCCGGCGCCGGGCUACGCGCCGGACACCAUCCACCCCCUGCACAAGCCCCUGGACGCGAUGCACGAGAAGGGAAUGGCGGAGGAUCCUCGCUACGGGCAGAUGAAGGGAAUGGGGAUGCGGCCGGGGGGGCACGCGGGGAUGGGACCCCCCCCCAGCCCCAUGGAUCAGCAUUCCCAAGGUUACCCGUCCCCCCUGGGCGGCUCCGAGCACGCCUCCAGCCCCGUCCCAUCCAACGGCCCCUCCGGCAGCUCCGCCGGCGGCUCCGGCGCCGCCCUGGACGGUUCCGGUUCCGACUCUCCCGCCUUGGGCCGGGGCCCUUCGCCCUUCAACGCCGCCCAGCUGCACCAGCUGCGGGCACAGAUCAUGGCCUACAAGCUGCUGGCACGGGGGCAGCCCCUCCCCGAGCACCUGCAGGUGGCCGUGCAGGGCAAGCGGCCGCUGCCGGGGAUGCAGCCGCAGAUGCCGGCGCUGCCUCCGCCCGCCGGAGCCGCGCAGGGCCCGGGGCAAACGGGCGGAGCGGGGCCGGCACCGCCCGGCUACUCCAGAGCUCACGGAAUAGGAGGGCCCAACAUGCCCCCUCCUGGACCCUCAGGAGUUCCCCCAGGAAUGCCAGGCCAGCCCCCAGGGGGACCCCCCAAACCCUGGCCCGAAGGCCCGUUAUCAGCGGCCGCCCCGGGCGGGGCCCCCCAGAAGCUGCUGCCGCCCCCCCCCGCCGGCCGCCCGUCCCCGGUGCCCCCGGCGGUGCCGCCGGCGUCGCCCGGGCCCCCCCCGCCCUCGCCGGGCCAGCCGGCGCCGCCGGCGCUGCCCCUGCACGCCAAGCAGAACCGGAUCACGCCCAUCCAGAAACCGCGCGGGCUCGACCCCGUGGAGAUCCUGCAGGAGAGGGAGUACAGGCUCCAGGCCCGCAUCGCCCACCGCAUCCAGGAGCUGGAGAACCUGCCCGGCUCCUUGGCCGGAGACCUGAGGACCAAAGCCACCAUCGAGCUCAAGGCCCUGAGGCUGCUCAACUUCCAGCGCCAGCUGCGUCAGGAGGUGGUGGUGUGCAUGCGGCGCGACACGGCGCUGGAGACGGCGCUCAACGCCAAGGCCUACAAGCGCAGCAAGCGGCAGUCGCUGCGCGAGGCGCGCAUCACCGAGAAGCUGGAGAAGCAGCAGAAGAUCGAGCAGGAGAGGAAGCGCCGCCAGAAGCACCAGGAAUACCUCAACAGCAUCCUGCAGCACGCCAAGGACUUCAAGGAGUACCACCGGAGCGUCAGCGGCAAGAUCCAGAAGCUGACCAAGGCCGUGGCCACCUACCACGCCAACACGGAGCGCGAGCAGAAGAAGGAGAACGAGCGCAUCGAGAAGGAGAGGAUGAGGAGGCUCAUGGCCGAGGAUGAGGAAGGCUACCGCAAGCUGAUCGACCAGAAGAAGGACAAGCGCCUGGCCUACCUGCUGCAGCAGACCGACGAGUACGUGGCCAACCUGACGGAGCUGGUGCGGCAGCACAAGGCGGCCCAGGUGGCCAAGGAGAAGAAGAAGAAGAAGAAGAAGAAGAAGGCCGAGAACGCCGAGGGUCAGGCUCCGGCCAUCGGCCCCGAUGGGGAGCCCCUGGAUGAGACGAGCCAGAUGAGCGACCUCCCGGUGAAGGUGAUCCACGUGGAGAGCGGCAAAAUCCUGACGGGAACCGACGCGCCCAAGGCCGGGCAGCUGGAGGCGUGGCUGGAGAUGAACCCGGGGUACGAGGUGGCUCCGCGCUCCGACAGCGAGGAGAGCGGCUCCGAGGAGGAGGAGGAGGAGGAGGAGGAGGAGCAGCCCCAGCCGGCCCAGCCCGCCCUGCCCGUGGAGGAGAAAAAGAAAAUUCCGGACCCCGACAGCGACGACGUCUCGGAGGUGGACGCCCGACACAUCAUCGAGAACGCCAAGCAGGACGUGGACGAUGAGUACGGCGUGUCGCAGGCGCUGGCGCGGGGGCUGCAGUCGUACUACGCCGUGGCGCACGCGGUCACCGAGCGCGUGGACAAACAGUCGGCCCUCAUGGUCAACGGCGUCCUCAAGCAGUACCAGAUCAAGGGCCUGGAGUGGUUGGUGUCCCUCUACAACAACAACCUCAACGGGAUCCUGGCCGACGAGAUGGGGCUGGGCAAGACCAUCCAGACCAUCGCGCUCAUCACCUACCUGAUGGAGCACAAGAGGAUCAACGGCCCCUUCCUCAUCAUCGUCCCGCUCUCGACUUUGUCCAACUGGGCCUACGAGUUCGACAAGUGGGCGCCGUCCGUGGUCAAGGUCUCCUACAAGGGCUCCCCGGCCGCGCGCCGCGCCUUCGUCCCGCAGCUGCGCAGCGGCAAAUUCAACGUCCUGCUGACCACCUACGAGUACAUCAUCAAGGACAAGCACAUCCUGGCCAAGAUCCGCUGGAAGUACAUGAUCGUGGACGAAGGCCACCGCAUGAAGAACCACCACUGCAAGCUGACCCAGGUCCUCAACACCCACUACGUGGCCCCGCGGCGUCUUCUCCUCACCGGGACCCCCCUGCAGAACAAACUGCCCGAGCUCUGGGCGCUCCUCAACUUCCUGCUGCCCACCAUCUUCAAGAGCUGCAGCACCUUCGAGCAGUGGUUCAACGCGCCCUUCGCCAUGACCGGCGAGAAGGUGGACCUCAACGAGGAGGAGACCAUCCUGAUCAUCCGGCGCCUGCACAAGGUGCUGCGGCCCUUCCUGCUGCGGCGCCUCAAGAAGGAGGUGGAGGCUCAGCUGCCCGAGAAGGUGGAGUACGUCAUCAAGUGCGACAUGUCGGCGCUGCAGCGCGUCCUGUACCGGCACAUGCAGGCCAAGGGCGUCCUGCUCACCGACGGCUCCGAGAAGGACAAGAAGGGCAAAGGAGGCACCAAGACCUUGAUGAACACGAUCAUGCAGCUGCGCAAGAUCUGCAACCACCCCUACAUGUUCCAGCACAUCGAGGAAUCCUUCUCAGAGCACUUGGGCUUCACUGGUGGGAUCGUGCAGGGGCUGGAUUUGUACCGAGCUUCCGGAAAAUUCGAGCUCCUGGAUCGGAUCCUGCCCAAACUCAGGGCCACCAACCACAAGGUGCUGCUCUUCUGCCAGAUGACCUCGCUGAUGACCAUCAUGGAGGAUUAUUUCGCCUACCGGGGCUUCAAAUACCUCAGGCUGGACGCCGGGACUCCGUUUGCGUUCCAGGGACACCGCGAGACCGGGGCUCUGCUGGCUUCAACGUGCCAGUCGGAUUUCCCCUGCAGCCGCCAUCGUCUUCGGACCAGCCGUACUCGAACACCCCACCAGGACCUGCAGGCGCAGGACCGCGCGCACCGCAUCGGGCAGCAGAACGAGGACCUGCAGGCGCAGGACCGCGCGCACCGCAUCGGGCAGCAGAACGAGGACCUGCAGGCGCAGGACCGCGCGCACCGCAUCGGGCAGCAGAACGAGGUUCGCGUCCUUCGCCUCUGCACCGUCAACAGCGUGGAGGAGAAAAUCCUGGCGGCCGCCAAGUACAAACUGAACGUGGACCAGAAGGUGAUCCAGGCCGGGAUGUUCGACCAGAAAUCAUCGAGCCACGAGCGCAGGGCCUUCCUGCAGGCCAUCCUCGAGCACGAGGAGCAGGACGAGAGCAGACCCUGCGGGGGCCCUGAGGCGCCUCAGGAAACUCCUCUGAAGGAGGAAGAUGAGGUGCCCGACGAUGAAACCGUGAACCAGAUGAUCGCCCGGCACGAGGAGGAGUUCGACCUGUUCAUGCGCAUGGACCUGGACCGGCGGCGGGAGGAGGCGCGGAACCCCAAGCGGAAGCCGCGGCUGAUGGAGGAGGACGAGCUCCCGUCGUGGAUCCUCAAGGACGACGCCGAGGUCGAGCGCCUGACCUGCGAGGAGGAGGAGGAGAAGAUGUUCGGCCGCGGCUCCCGGCACCGCAAGGAGGUCGAUUACAGCGACUCGCUGACCGAGAAGCAGUGGCUCAAGGCCAUCGAGGAGGGCACCCUGGAGGAGAUCGAGGAGGAGGUCCGCCAGAAGAAGUCCUCUCGCAAGCGCAAGCGGGAGCCCGAGGGACCCCCGGGACCCCCGGCGGGCGCCCGGAGCCGCGACAAGGACGAGGAGAUCCGGAAGCAGAAGAAACGAGGGCGACCCCCGGCCGAGAAGUUGUCCCCGAACCCACCGCCCCUGACGCGCAAGAUGCGCAAGAUCGUGGACGCCGUCAUCAAGUACAAGGACAGCAGCAGCGGGCGCCAGCUCAGCGAGGUUUUCAUCCAGCUGCCGUCCCGCAAGGAGCUCCCCGAGUACUACGAGCUCAUCCGCAAGCCCGUGGACUUCAAGAAGAUCAAGGAACGGAUCCGGAACCACAAAUACCGGAGCCUCAACGACCUGGAGAAGGACGUGAUGCUGCUGUGCCAGAACGCGCAGACCUUCAACCUCGAGGGGUCCCUGAUCUACGAGGACUCGAUCGUGCUGCAGUCGGUGUUCACCAGCGUGCGGCAGAAGGUGGAGAAGGAGGAGGAGAGCGACGGCGAGGACAGCGAGGAGGAGGAGGAGGCCGAGGAGGAAGGCUCCGAGUCCGAGGCGCGCUCGGUGAAGGUCAAGAUCCGCCUGGGCCGCAAGGAGAAGGUUCCGGAACGCGGCAAGGGCGGGCGGCGCCGGGGGGGGCGGGGGGGGCGCCCCAAACCCCUCCUGAGCGACGACGAGAGCGACGACGAGCAGGAGGAGGAUCGCUCCGGCAGCGGCACCGAGGACGACUGAACCCCGAACAUUCCACGGCUCCGGAACUCUGAGAAACCCCAAAAAAAAACCCCAAAAAAACCCAAAAAAAACCCCAAAAUUCCCCUCCCCCCGUAGCUCCGACGGCAGCGACGCCGCAAUUCCCAAAAAUCCUGAAAACCCCAAAAAAAUCCCCAAAAAAUCCCCAAAAAAACCCCAAAAUCCGCGCCCGUAUUUAUACCCGGGUCAGCCCAGGUGGGCCUGGAUUGGCCUGGGUUGGUCCAGGUGGUCCCAAA